AUGUACAAUAGCGUGGAGGCGUACGUACGUCAACACUCUGUUGGGUUUGCUGGCAUCGUGAACCGGUUGAAGGAUGGUGAAGACAUCGAUCGGAUUCUCUUUGCUAAGCUCGCGGUACUAACAUAUGAGACUGAGUGUUGA